AUGCUACUCCUACUCGCCUGCAGCCGCGCUCGGCCGCCGCUCGCGCCCGCCGCCUCGCCGCUGCGAGCCUCCGCACCGCAGAUGGUAUUCGGGCCAAAGCUUCCGCCAGAGGUUGCCGUCGUGCUCCGGCCUGCUUACGAAGGCGCCGCACGUGGUGGCGAGCCUUUCGUGGUCGGCACGGAGGCAGAACUCCGUGCAAUCUGGUCGGCGAUGCUCAAGGUCUACGGCAACGAGGCGGACGCUCGGCUCGCUGUGGCGCGCAACCAGCAGGUCAUACUCCCCUACAUAAACUCGCCCGCGGUUAUCACUGGCGCUCAUCGGGCGCUGCUCCAAAAGUUCGGGGCCGAGGACGCGGCCAAAAUCAUCCGGCAGAACCCGGGCAUCCUCGCUUGUGACCCCGCGGCGCUGGCCGCGACACCGAGCCGUGACAUCGAGAGCGCCGCCAGCUUCGUCGCCGCCUUUGACUCGCUGCCUCGCGGCGCGCGAGAAGGUGUCCCCUUUGCCACCUUUGCGCUCCUCGCUGGCACCAUCGGGGCGCGCCUCGCGACGUGCGCCGGCCGGGUGUGCGGCAGCUCGGCCGAUUGGGACCUGAAGGGCGGGCUGGGCGUGCAGGCUAAGGCCUGGGCCGUGAAGAGCCGCGCACGCGGGCCGACGAUUACGCAGCUGCGUGCCAAGCAGGCCGCUCUUGUGGCCGCAGCUGAGCUCGCAGCUUCGAGUAACGCCGAGGCGAGUGUGGUAAGGCACUCGCCCGUCGACGAAGCCAAGCGGUGGGCAAGCGGCAAAGGCCGCAAAGUGGGCUUCUCAAAAGCACGUGCCACCUUCCGUGGCGGCGGCACGGGAAUCGCGGCGACGGCCGCGAAGCACGACUCACUCAUCAAGAAGGCCCGCUGGCGCGGCACCGAACAAAUUGCCCGGGAGACUCCGGCGGGCUCUGUGUCCGUAGUGACGAUGCCGCACCGCAAGGACUUCGCCUCCGACAAGGAGCACCAAGUGAAGUUUAACCUGUGGCUGAAGGCGGACGGCUUCAAAAAUAAAAACGGACACCAAUAA